UUAUCAAAAUUUAUUAGAUUUUUUGAAUACAUAGAAUACAAUCAAGUGAUCGACAAAAAGUUGUGAACUAUUUUCGAGAGUCAUCACCCUUGAAUGAUAACUAAUUUUUCACAAUCACCACCUAAUACUACGUUAAUUAUUCGAACACUAGGGCUUUUGUUGUUUGAAAAAAAUGCACAAAUUUAAAAUAUCGGCGCCAGGCACGGUAUUCUUAUACGGAGAUCCCAAGUUGGAAAUAGAUGGACAUAAUAAUCGUUGCAUAGCAGCUGGCUUAGACAUACGUACCAAGCUUGAAUUCUCUUCACCGUUUCCAACAGUAGUACCAGAAAAAAUUAUCAGAAUAGAAUUUAUAAAUUUAAAAUUAUAUUUGGAGAUACCCUUAAAAGCUAUUUAUGAAUGCUUUUAUGACCGAAGUGGCGUUCGCGAAUUUUCGAGUGAACAUCUAAUGAACGGGAUAAAAGAGUUCACUAAAUCAUUAAAUAUUCGCGACAGCAUUUGCGAAACCACAAAGGAAGCACAGAAUUUAUUCUUACAAUCGUUUUUAUAUUUGCUUCUUAAUGUAGCCUACGAAGAAGAUAUGAAAUUAACAACUUCUAUUCUCGUGAAACUAUCGACGGAUCUGCCGAUCGCAAAGGGCCUGGGAAGUACAACAUCCUUUAUAGUGUGCCUCGCGGCGUGCUUUUGGCGUUGGUCGCUUUUGCAGAAAGGGAUUGUUCGUUAUACAUUUGAUAGCCAAGACUGCACAAAAAUCAGGCGUCACGUUUGGCGCUGCGAGAAGAUCGUGUACAACUUCAAGAAUACGAUCAACAAUUUCAUAUCCAUAUAUGGCGCCAUGGUGAUGUACAAAGAUGAAAUCGAUAUGUUCACGUUGGAUAAAAUGCAGCCCAUUAAGAUCCUAAUUGUUGACUCGAAUAUAAACCAGGAAAUAACAAUUGAGCAGUUACAACAGAAUAUGGAGCAUUUAGAUCGAUAUGUAGAUUCAAUCAUUACUCGUGCUGCAUUGGAUAAGUCUUUUGAAGCGAUCGAGAUUUUUCAAAAGUUAAGGAAGGAAGAUCAAAAAAGAAAUAACACCAAUGGCCUGUUAUCGAAAAUAUUGGAUUUCAUUAAUAUGAAUCAAGAUGUACUAAAUGCAGGAGGCUUGUCCAAUCACAAUAUAGAGUUUAUUUGUGCAAUUGCGCAAAAGUAUUCAGUCGGGUGUAAGAUGAUAGGUACUGGCGGAUACGUGUUAAUUUUUGCGUUAGCGCAUGUCAUGGAUUAUGAGAUUCUUCUGUUAAAAAAUGAACUCGAAUUCUACAAUUAUCAUGUUAUUAAAACGACUAUGUUUUGUAAUGGAGUUAGGAUUGAAUAGUACGUUUAGUAGGUUUAUUCUCUUAAUAGAAGAAUUAUAAAAUGUCUAUGACAUUAUAAUGUAAAUUAGUUUUGAUAUUUGUA